UGUGUGCGUGUAUGUGCGUGUGUGUGUGCGUGCGUGUGUGUGGAUGGGGCUGCCUGAGUGAGAGAGGGAGAGAGUGAGCCGUGUGCUGUGGUUUAUCCUAGUCCUAUGCGGAUUUCAUCACUGACUGGCUGCCCGAGCGGCUCGCAUCAUCCAGGGUAGGCCGAGAUUUAGACGCUGGCAUCCCCAUUCAAGGAUUUCUAAGAGACUCACAGAUCGGCUCUUGUCUCACGUUUGCCGGAUAUAGGUGCGGGGUGGAUAAUUGUGGUUGCCCUGCAUAGCCGAUCCCAGCGGAGGGGAUAUAAUCGACACUGAGGACUUGGCGAGGAGGAAAACAGAGAGGCUCAGUGGACAAGGCGAGAGAUGAGCAAUGGGCAAGGGGCGUCCUGUGACUCCUGACAGAGAAGAGGAGCCUUCAUUGCCAUAGCUACCUCUCCUCUCCCCUUUCACCCCCUUUCUUCACCUGUUGAGUGUCUGUUUUUCACUUUCUAUCCCUCCACAUCCUACAUCACCUGUCACCAUGACAACCUCAGCCCUGCGCCGGCAGGUGAAGAAUAUUGUGCACAACUAUUCAGAAGCAGAGAUCAAGGUUCGCGAGGCCACUUCAAACGACCCAUGGGGCCCGUCCUCGUCUCUAAUGUCCGAGAUUGCUGACUUGACCUUCAACGUGGUGGCGUUUGCUGAGGUCAUGGGCAUGGUUUGGAAACGCCUCAAUGACAGUGGCAAGAACUGGAGACACGUUUACAAGGCCCUGACUCUGUUGGAUUACCUGCUGAAGACAGGAUCAGAGAGAGUGGCCCAGCAGUGCCGUGAGAAUGCCUUCACUAUUCAGACGCUGCGUGACUUCCAGUACGUGGACCGCGACGGCAGAGACCAGGGGGCCAACGUGAGGGAAAAAGCGCGCCAGCUGGUGUGCCUCCUCCGGGACGAGGAGCGACUCCGCCAGGAGAGGAGUCAAGCUCUGAAGACCAAGGAGCGAAUGGCCGGGGGAGGCAGCGGAGGAGGAGGCGGCGGCGUCUAUGGAGGCAUACCACCAUCUUACCACCCGGGCAGGCGGACGAGCCAGCCCAGUAUGGCUGUGCUGUACGGGGAGGAGUUCAGCCGCUCCAGAGGCUCUCCGUCCUCCUUUAACUCCUCGUCCUCAUCUCCUCGUGCUGCCUCAGACCUGGAGCAGGCUCGACCUCAGACCAGCGGAGAGGAGGAGCUGCAGCUCCAGCUGGCCUUAGCCAUGAGCAGGGAGGAGAGUCAGAAGGAGCAGCGCUGUCGCCAAGGAGACGAGUCUCUGUUACAGAAGGCCCUGGAUGAGAGCCGGAGAGAGAGCCAGUCAGGGACACAGGAGUCAGCCAUGUUGGAUCUGGUGGACAUAUUUGGCCCGUCAUCUGAGCCCCCGCCUCCUCCUAGUGACCCUUGGAACUCAACUCAGCCCACCUGUGAUGUCACCUCUGACCCCUGGGACUCUGUAGGUGUCCACUCCAGCACUCCUGUGAUUGGUAGCCCAUGGACAGCCCGCCCCUCCUCCUCCAACACGUCCAAUCCUUGGGCCCCAUGUGCCGAGUCACGCACAGACCCUUGGGAAGCAGCGCACAUCUCCUCCAGUCCUGUCAAUCAUGCGUGGGACAGCUCAACAGAUGGAGGUGGUGACGGGACAGAUCCAUUUGCUGCACAGGAAGAGGAGAAGCCUAAACAAGAGGUUCCUCAAGUGUCUCCUCCUCAACCUGCCAGUCCCACAGAUGCAGAGCUGUUUGGGGUAAAGCCAGACUCGGACCCAUUUUCUGGAGCGGAUUCUAAACCAGAUCUGUUUGGUGCCGAGCCUCCUGUGAAACCCCAGGUAAAUGGCCGAGAGUCUGCCAGCCCAGAGAUGUUUGACCUAUCCCGGCUAGCACCCCCACUCAGCGCCCCGCCUACACGUGUGUGUCGGACCCCAGAGGCCUUUCUAGGACCUACGGGGGCAUCGCUGGUCAAUUUAGAUGCUCUGAUCCCCCCCAACCCUCCCAGCAAGACGCACAAUAACCCCUUCCUCUCAGGUCUGAGUGCUCCGUCUCCCACCAACCCCUUCCACUGCGACCAGCCUCGCCUCACCCUCAACCAAAUGCGACCAUCCUCCACAUCCCCGCUGCCCCCCAACAUGCUCUCGUACAGCCCGUCCCUACCUCUCCCCCUGCCCCACCAGCCGCCCAUCCUCCCGUCCUCUCUCACACAACCUCCCGCCGGACUCCUGGACCUUCCCUCCAACCUCCCCCAGCCCCUGCUCCCUCUCUCUCCACGACCGGCAGCCCGUGCCCAGUCACAGACACAGACACACAGCCACAACCCCUUCCUCUGAGACCCCACCCCCUCACCCUUCAAACUGGUCUGCUGAGGGAGACGACAGAAUGGACUGUUUUUGGAUCAAUCUAUGCUGACUACAGUGAGACUAGUUGAAAUGAGCCUGAGCCGGAUCCUGGUCUGAUGUCAAUGUGCACACUUGAAGUGGAUAAAAACUUGGACUGGAUGUAUUUGUGUCUGUCUAAAAGACACAUCAGCUGCUAUAUUAACCUGAACUCUUGAAGAAAAGCGAACUCACGCACACACCGACACACACCAACACACACACACACACACAAACAUUCAAACAUGCACUCAGGCGCACUUCAGGGUGCACAGACAUGAACAUGCACACACCACCAGACUAACAGGGUGUAUCUUCAAAAAGUCCCUUCGAUGCCUUUUCCCCCCUCAUCAACAGCCACAACUCCGAGCACCCUUCGACCGCAGAGACAGAACUGUUCCUUUGGAAGACUGGGAUGAAGCCACACACUUUGAUUGUCCACCGAGAUUCACCAGGAUCCUUACCGCUGCUGCUUCACCGACGAAAGCAUGAAUGCAUCCCACCCCCCCUCGAGACCCCAAGCUAUUCUAUUCUGCCGAGCACCUGAGAUGAGUUCUUCAAAUAAAUCCUUUUUUUCUGAUGAGUCAAAUAGUAUCUUGAGCUUUCUUGGCACAAUUGAAUCAUUGGAGAUGACCCAAAGUGUGUUACUGUAAGAUUCAAGAAAAACAGCGCUGUUCAAGAACUAAUUGACUCAGGUAUUCCUUCCCACACAUGAUGAUAUCUGUUUUGCAUUGCCUUGUUACCUUGCGAGCUCAAUAGCAUCUGGUCAUAAGUUAGCCAAGUUAUUUGUCCUAUAGGGCGAGUAGCUCAAACAGGAUUCAGGUGGAUUCAAAACUGGACUAAUACCAGCCUAAGCUAGACCUUACUGUCUCAAUCUGGACCUAAACUGAUCACUGAUUGUACCCUAUCGGACCCGCGUGCCUGUCUCUACAGCUGACCCACAAUGCAUUCCCGGCUGGUUCGUAUUGGCGCCAUUGAGGAGGACCUCAGGGAGACCGCUCUGUCCCUCCUCCAAAGAGAUUCAACCUUAGUGAAUGGAAAGGUAUUUAUCUACAGAAAAAAAAUGACAGGGAGAUCAAUGACUAUUUCACAUGUAGGCAUAAAAGCAAGGGAUGAAGAAAACAGUUAAAGGAGGAGGGAGGAGUAAAUAAAAGAUUAAUAUGAAUAAAGUAAAUGAUUUCAGAUGAUGAACUGAUGUAUUCCUCUCCUCUGCUCCUGGUUCACUUCUGUUUUAGAAACAGAGAAUCUGUGACGAGACAAGAUGUUUGGUCAUCACUGCACUGAACCUGGACUUGAAUGUGAAAUGCCUGCUAUAGAUACACACAGGCUUAGUACAUAUGUAUUUAAUAGAAUGAUACCUAUACAGUAUUAUGAAAUAUUAUACCAAUAAAUGAAUGGUGUUUGCAUUAUGA